AUGUUCAUCCAGACGCAGCCCACGCCCAACCCGGCCAGCCUGAUGUUCAUCCCAGGGCAGAAGGUGUUGGAGGGGGGCAGCAAGAGCUUCACGAGCGCGCGGGAGGCCAUGGCCUCGCCGCUGGCCAAGAAGCUGUUUGCCAUCGACGGCGUCACCCAGGUCUUCUUCGGCUCCGACUUUGUGACCGUGACCAAGAGCGAGGACUAUGGGUGGGCAGUGCUAAAGCCAGACGUGUUUGCCGCCAUCAUGGACCACUACUCGUCUGGGGAGGCCCUCUUCUACGACGAGCAGGACACGGGCGCUGCCGAGCACAUGAUCCACGAAGACGACGACGAGGUGGUGGCCAUGAUCAAGGAGCUGCUGGAGACGCGCAUCCGCCCCGCGGUGCAGGAGGACGGCGGCGACAUCGUGUUCCGCACCUGGGACCCGGAGUCGGGGGUGGUCAAGCUGAAGAUGAUGGGCGCCUGCAGCGGCUGCCCCUCCUCUGCUGUGACCCUGAAGAGCGGCAUCGAGAACAUGCUGAUGCACUACAUCCCCGAGGUGCGCGGCGUGGAGGAGGCGGAGCCAGAUGAGGGCGAGAACGAGGGCCUCAAGGCCUUUGCCAAGCUGGAGCAGCACCUGUCCAACUAG